UGCUAUUCCGAAUCUAAAGGAUCUCUCCCUCUAACCGCUAACCUCAACUGGCAUACCCCUAUAGCUCUACAUAGUGUUUUUCUACAAUGAAUCCCUUUAGUCUCCCUCAGUGUGUUCUUCUGCUUCUCAGUAACCUACUGGGCCUGUGUCAGGGCCUGGAGUUCAGGGGUUCUGAGGGCCAGUGGGCGCGGUACCGCCGCUGGGAUGCCAGUACCAGAAGUGACCUCACCUUCCAGUUCCAAACAGACACGUCCGACGCCCUGAUCCUCUACUUCGACGACGGCGGCUACUGUGACUUCCUGCUUCUCACCGUAACGGAAGGGAAGCUACAGCUUCGCUUCAGCAUUGAUUGCGCUGAGACCACAGUCACCGCUGACAAAUCGGUCAACGACAGCUGCUGGCACUUUGCGAUGGUCAGCCGACACAACCUCAGAACGGUCUUGGCCCUGGACGGGCAGACCAAGGCGGAGGAUGUUCGACCAGAGCGCCAGUUCAUGAUUGUCGUCAGUGACCUGUUCCUCGGUGGCAUUCCCGGAGACAUCAGGACCUCGGUCAUCACCCUGCCGACGGUUAGAGAGCUGCCUCCGUUCAAAGGAUUUAUCAAAGAUCUGAAUUACGGGAACAAGGUUCCCAAGCUGAUCAACAGUCAGAAGGUACGUCUGGAGGAGAUGGGUCUCUGUACAGGGAACCCGUGUGAGAAUGGAGGCUCCUGCUCCGUGGCUGAUGGAGAACCCUACUGCGACUGCUCCAAAACGGGAUAUACAGGAAGGACCUGCAGCCAAGCCGUUCAGAGGAAACCAGGCUUCUCACAUCUGAAGGCAUCUGAGUCAGCAAGAGAAGAGAACGUGGCGACGUUCCGUGGUUCUGAGUACUUCUGCUACGACCUGUCCCAGAACCCCAUCCAGUCAUCCAGUGAUGAGAUCACGCUCUCCUUCAAGACAUGGCAGAGGAACGGUCUCUUGCUCCACACAGGGAAGUCUGCUGACUAUGUCAACCUGGCCCUAAAGGACGGGGCGGUGAGCCUGGUCAUCAACCUGGGCUCCGGGGCCUUCGAGGCCAUUGUGGAGCCCGUCAAUGGGAAGUUCAACGAUAAUGGCUGGCACGACAUCAAGGUCACACGCAACCUCAGACAGGUGACCAUUUCUGUGGAUGGGAUCCUCACCACAACAGGCUAUACCCAGGAAGACUACACCAUGCUGGGGUCUGAUGACUUCUUCUACGUGGGUGGGAGUCCUAGUACGGCUGACCUACCUGGUUCUCCUGUUAGCAACAACUUCAUGGGCUGUCUGAAAGAGGUGGUCUAUAAGAAUAAUGACAUCCGCCUGGAGCUCUCCCGUCUGGCUCGCAUCGUAGACCCCAAGAUGAAGCUCCAAGGUGAAGUGGUGUUUAAGUGUGAAAACGUACCCACCCUGGACCCUAUCAACUUUGAGAGCCCUGAUUCCUACCUCAGCCUGCCCAAGUGGAAUACCAAGAGGGUCGGUUCCAUCUCCUUCGAUUUCAGGACCUCCGAACCCAACGGACUCAUCCUAUUCACCCAUGGCAAGGCCCAGGACCGUCGCGACGCGGCAGGGAAGAAGAACAACAAGGUGGACUUCUUUGCUGUGGAGCUGCUAGAUGGAGGGCUGUACCUGCUGCUGGACAUGGGCUCGGGAACCAUCAAGGUCAAAGCCACACAGAGCAAGGUCAACGAUGGAGCCUGGCACCACGUGGACAUUCAGAGGGACGGACGAUCAGGCAUCAUCUCAGUCGACAGUCGGAGGACCCCCUUCACAGCCAGCGGAGAGAAUGAGAUCUUGGACCUGGAGGGAGACCUCUACCUGGGUGGUCUCCCUGACAACCGGGUAGGCCUGGUGUUACCUACCGAACUGUGGACGGCCAUGUUGAACUACGGCUAUGUGGGCUGCAUCAGGGACCUCUUCAUCGACGGACGCUCCAAGAACAUAAGGGCCAUCUCCGAGUCUCAGAACACCACAGGCAUCAGGCCCACCUGUAGUAAAGCGACAGGGAAACAGUGUGACAGUAAUCACUGUAAGAACAACGGAGUCUGUAAGGAAGGGUGGAACCGCUUCAUAUGCGACUGCACCGGGACUGGGUUCUGGGCCACCACGUGUGAGAGAGAGGCGUCUAUCCUAAGCUAUGACGGCAGUAUGUACAUGAAGGUGGUGAUGCCUGCAGUGAUGCACACAGAGGCAGAGGACGUCUCCCUACGCUUUAUGUCCCAGCGGGCAUUUGGGCUCCUCAUGGCCGCUACCUCCCGGGACUCUGCCGACACGCUCCGUCUGGAGCUGGACAGUGGCCGUGUCAAACUCACGGUCAACCUAGACUGUGUCAGGAUAAACUGUAACACCAGCAAGGGACCCGAGACUCUAUAUGCGGGACAAAAGCUCAAUGAUAAUGACUGGCACUCUGUCAGAGUGGUCCGACGCGGUAAAAACUUCAAACUGACAGUCGAUGAAGACAUGUCUGAAGGUACUAUGGCAGGCGACCACACCCGUCUGGAGUUCCAUAAUGUGGAGACAGGCAUUCUGACAGAGAAGCGUUUCAUCUCGUCCUCCCCCUCCUCUUUCAUUGGACACCUGCAGGGCCUGAAGUUCAACGGUAUGUUCUACAUUGACAUGUGUAAGAAUGGAGAUAUUGACUUCUGUGAGCUCAACGCCCGCUUUGGCAUGCGCUCCAUCAUUGCUGACCCGGUGACCUUCAAGUCCAAGGGCAGCUACCUGGGGCUGGCCACCCUGCAGGCCUACACCACCAUGCACCUGUUCUUCCAGUUCAAGACCACAUCGCCGGACGGAUUCAUACUGUUCAACAGUGGAGACGGGAACGACUUCAUUGCUGUGGAGCUGGUCAAAGGGUUUGUCCACUAUGUGUUUGAUCUGGGGAACGGGCCCAGUCUACUGAAGGGGAACAAUGAGAGAGCUCUGAAUGACAACCAGUGGCACAACGUAGUCAUCACUAGGGACGCCACCAACACACACACACUGAAGGUGGAUGCCAAGUCUGUCACACAGAACAUCAACGGAGCCAAGAACCUAGACCUCAAAGGGGAUCUGUUUGUGGCAGGUCUGGGGCCCAACAUGUAUCAGAACCUUCCUAAGCUGGUGGUCUCUAGGGAGGGUUUCCAGGGCUGUCUGGCAUCUGUCGAUCUCAACGGCCGUCUACCUGACCUCAUCAAUGAUGCCCUGUUCCGCUCAGGACAGAUCGAACGCGGCUGUGAAGGACCCAGCACCACCUGUCAGGAGGACUCCUGUACCAACAUGGGCGUGUGUAUUCAACAGUGGGAGAACUUUACCUGCGACUGCACAAUGACCUCUUACACAGGGACACAGUGCAACGACCCUGGUACCACGUAUAUCUUCGGUAAGGGCGGGGGUCUGAUCACGUACACGUGGCCUAACAACGAGAGGCCCAGCACGCGUACCGACCGUCUGGCUGUGGGCUUCAGCACCACCAUCAAGGAUGGAAUCCUGGUUCGCAUCGACAGCGCUCCACGACUAGGGGACUACAUCAUGCUACACAUCACGGAAGGCAAGGUGGGCGUGACGUUCAACAUCGGCACGGUGGACAUCAGUGUGAAGGAGUUAAACACUGCGAUCAAUGACGGGAAAUAUCACCUGGUUCGAUUCACAAGGAAUGGGGGAAACGCUACCCUGCAGGUGGACAACUGGCCAAUCAACGAACACUUCCCCGCAGGACCAAGCGACGUUGAGCGCUAUCAAAUGGGUAAUAAGAAAAUCCCAUUCAAUUAUAAGAGGCCGGUAGAAGAUUGGCUGCAGGAGAAAGGCCGGCAGCUCACCAUCUUCAACACCCAGGCGGCCAUCUCCAUAGGUGGUAAUGACCGUAAACGUCCCUACCAGGGCCAGCUGUCUGGCCUCUACUACAACGGACUAAAGGUCCUCAACAUGGCCGCCGAAGGUCACGCCAACAUCAAGGUGAACGGGAGCGUCCGAUUGGUGGGUGACAUGCCCACCAGUAGGGGCGCUGCCCGCACCACCACCUCUGUGCCGCCUGAGAUGUCCACCACCUUCAUAGAGACCACUACGACUCUGUCAACGACCACCACGAGGAAACAGCGCUCCCCACCCACCAUUCAGCCAACGACAGAUGACAUAGUAUCGUCGGCGGAGUGUUCCAGCGACGACGAGGAUCUGGAAGAGUGCGAUUCCGGACACGCAGAUAAGAUCUUGACCACGUCGGCCUACGAAGGUGGCUACAAAGCUCUCGCGCCCAAGUGGGAGGCCAAGGACUUAAGGCCUAGUAAAGCCUCAGAGGCGGGUAGGACUACACCCACCCCGCCUCUACCCAACCUCGGGGGCACUGUAGCAGAGGCAUCCCUCCCAUCAGAUGGCACGCUAGCCAAACUGCCCGCCGGGAAAAUGGACAACCGCGAAGUGAUCAAAGCCCUGCAGCCGGACAUAGUCCUGCUUCCUCUGCCCACUGUGUCCUUCGACCUGGAUGGCACCAAGCCUCGUGGGCCCCUCAUCACCUCACCCAUGCUGCGUACGGUGCCUGCCGCGUUGCCCACCGCACCCGUCGUGAGGCGGGUGCCCCCGGGGGCCUCUGAGGUGAUACGAGAAUCCAGCAGCACAACGGGCAUGGUGGUUGGCAUCGUCUCGGCCGCGGCACUCUGCAUCCUCAUCCUCCUCUACGCCAUGUACAAGUACAGGAACAGGGACGAAGGCUCCUACCAGGUAGACGAGACACGGAAUUACAUCAGCAACUCAGCGCAGACCAACGGCACCAUGGUGAAAGACAAAGCACCCAGCACGGGCAGUGGCGCCAAGGGAUCCAGCGGCAAGAGACCGAAAGACAAGGACAAAGAAUACUAUGUAUAAGGACAAAGAAUACUAUGUAUAAGGACAAAUAAUACUAUGUAUAAGGACAAAGAAUACUAUAAAUCAACCAUUCCCAACAACAACAAAAAAUAACUGUUUGGAGAAAAUCUGAAUAAACACUUGACAGUACCAUAUUGGGAGCUGCAAUUUAAAACGGAAUACAAAUCCUCUCAUAAGAACUCUAAGUGAAUGAGUCCAAGUUGAACAUUUAUCCAAUGUACUGUGACCUAAAAGCACACUUACUAUGGUAAGCAUACAGAGAAACAGGCUGAUAGGGACACUACUAUAAGAUACCUUGUGACGAGAUGACUGAGCUCUGCCUGGAGACGUUGCCAGAGGUUUGGCAGUGUAAGAUAUUUCAGUUCAUCGCUCCCAAGUGACUCUAAGAGAUUUGUGAUCCUUGGCGUAAACAACAUUGUCCAUUGUAACCCUGUAAAAUGACAAAACAAACAACCAUCAUUUUGGCCAUUUGGAGCAUGUGAGAUGUACGUGACGUGGUGCUGGCAUCUGUACAAGUGAGGGACCUGAAGAUUUUUAAAAAAUGAGUCGUUGAAGUUUGAAAGACAAAACAUAAUUAACAUACAAAUGGUACAUUUCUAUACCUAGUGUUGGAUGAGGUAAGGUAUGUGUGUGGUAGCUAAGGUGUCUUUUUUUUAACCCCACCUCUGCGUUCUGAGGGAUGAAACAUUGUCAGGGCUGACCAGGCUCAAUGAAUAGUAGGAAGGCAUUUUGAUGUAUUAUUUAGCUUUUUUCCCUUCUCUCAAAAAUGGAUUCGGCUGCUAUGCAUGACGUCCUCGAUCGAGAUGGUAUUCCACCAUGUUGGAGGGGAUGCACCAGUGAAAAUGUGUUUUUUAAUUAGAUCUUUUACAGAACUCUACAUCCCUGAUAGCAGUUUUAUUUCAGUUCAUUCAGUUUUCCAUAGACCACUGGUUCAGUUAUUUGUCACAUGCUGUUUGUGGAAGUAAAGUCAUUAUGUCUGUGGGGUUUUUGGUCAACUAUUGAAAACAAUGUGACUAAAGAAGAGUUAUCCAAUGUGAAAAGUUUUGAAUUUGUAUCUGUUGUCACAGUCAACUGUGUCAAAACAAAUAUGUUUACAUAUUUUAUUACAUCAUAGCCGUCGUAUUUUGCAGGUCAAUAUUGUACAUAACAUUUUAGUUUCCAUUUUGAGGUUGUUUUUUUUGCAUUGUACAGACAUAAUUUGAGCUGAUUUCCUUUCUCGGUGUGCUAAAUGACGAAGAUCUAACGUUUUUUCCCCGAUGUUUGGUAAGACUGGAGAUAGCGUACUUGUAUUUUUUUGUAAUCGAAAGGAGUAAAAUAUUAUUAGGUUAGAAAAUCUAGUCUUUCUGGAUGGUGUUUCUAAAACGCAUGAAUAUUUUACAACUGGAAGACAUCAGAUAUCAGUCAAAUAGAAAAAUGCCAACCCAGAUAUUGUACUAGGGCCUCCUGAUUCUGGAUUACUUUGAUUGUUAUUUGAAUUUGAAUUUUUUUAGACCCAGUGCUGACACAAUACUAUGAAUAAGAUACAGGAUGAGGAUUUGUUUAUACUGUGACGUCUAUGUUCCUUACUUUCACUUUUAUUCUUUUACAUUUAUGUUCCUCCCCUUAUUGUGCAGUUUUCAUUUGAAGUCUUAACAUUUUUAUGACAAUUUGUGCUGGCAAGUACAUUUUUUUUAUUACCUAAUUUAUUUAGUUGUUUCUUGUUCAUUUUGUAUUUUAAGCAAAUCUCAAGUACAUUCAGUUUGAUUUUGUGUUGUUAAUACUGCUUUUCAACCCAUUGCUUAACUGUGUUUUGCUCCUUUGACUCCAGGCAAAUCCCAGCAAUAAAAAAUUCUUCCCAAAGUU